AUGCCAGUAGACAUCUCAGAGACGAAGGAUUGGGAGGACUGGGAACACAUGAAUUUCGAAGCACAGACCGGAGUCGAGAUGCGGCCUUUCGCGGAUGAUCUGGUCGAAAUGUUCGUUGUGCGAAACCCAGAGCUGGAAGAAUACCAGGCUGUCUUCAAAAUGUUCCCCCAUCUGCAGGAGUACCAGCCCAGAGACCUGUUCUCGAAACAUCCGACGAAGAGGGGACUUUAUAAGUUUGCGGGUCGAAGCGACGACAUUGUGGCCUACUCGACAGGCGAGAAGUUUAAUCCAUCCACGGUUGAGAGCGUCAGCAUUACUGGUCGAGCCAUUCUGGAGAGCAUUUGGCCAAGUGUUGAAGCGCUCAACAAGGAUUGCCCAGGCUACGCCCAAAUCAUGCGGAACAUGAUUUUGGUGACCAAGCCGGAUCGCCCGAUGCCUAGAGCUGGGAAGGGAACGGUACAAAAGCGUGCCGCCAUCAAGUUACACGAAGCCGAGAUUGAUGCCUUGUACGAUGCGGUGGAGCACGUCCAAGCAAGCACUCUUGAUGACACCGCUGUCCUCGAUGGCGGUGGAAGCAACCUAGAAGACGACUUACUAGCCAUCGCUCGUAGCACGGGCGCGUUUGGUGAUGAUGUGUCAUUAGAUACGGAUCUGUUCGAUCUUGGCCUUGAUUCGCUUGGUGCGCUGCAGCUUGUACGUGCUGCGCAGAGCUUGUCCGCUCGCUACAACUUAGAGCGUAGCAUCGCAGCGGCGGACGUGUACCAACACCGGAAUCUACGAGAGAUUGCGAAGAGCCUGAAAGGCGAGCAAGGUGAUCAGAAACCUGCGGCAGAAGUCAUGCAAGAGUUGUACGAAAAGCUCACAGGAGACUUGACGAGCAAUGUCCGGCCGAUAGGGUACCCGAGACCAUCGGAGAAGGUGGUUCUGUUGACGGGAUCGACCGGCGGGCUGGGCUCAUAUCUUCUUCAUGAGCUCCUCGAGAAUCCAGACGUGGGCGAGAUUGUCUGUCUCGGACGAUCAGCAGACGCAGAGGCUCGGCAGCGUGCCUCUAUGGCCGAGAAAGGCUUGUCCACGGAGUUUGAUUCCGGAAAGGUUUCAUUCCUACAUGCUGAUCAGUCGGAGCCUCAAUUGGGUCUGGCACCUGAGGUAUAUCGUGGGCUGCUCGAGAAGGUCACUGACAUAAUCCACAAUGCGUGGCAGGUCAACUUCAACGCUACAUUGGCACAGAUGGAGCCGCAACUCUACGGUGUCCGUCGGUUCAUCGAUUUCGCCGCAGAGUCGCGACAUGGGGCCUUGAUCUUCUUUGUGUCGACCAUUGGUGCAGUAGGAGCUCUCAGGAAUGCAGAACACGGUGGCGAGGUGAUGGAAAACGUGGUAGAAGACUGGAACACCGCUGGGGGCCUGGGAUAUGGACAGUCCAAGCUUAUCGCCGAAAGAAUGCUCGAAGCUGCUGCGAAGAGGGCCAGGGUUCCAAGCGCCAUUUGUCGCGUGGGACAAGUAGCAGGCCCCACAACCGCCAAAGGUGUGUGGCAGAAGCAAGAAGCACUACCGAGCUUGAUCAUAUCGUCGAAAUACUUGGGCUGCUUGCCAGCGUCAAUGGGCUCCUUGGGUAUAGUGGACUGGAUCCCCGUGGACCUCAUUGCGCGAUCGAUGGUAGAGCUGUGCUUCGCUACAAGCCUCUCUGAAGAUCGUGCGCUCGUCUACCACACGGUCAACCCGCACAGGGCAACUUGGAAGGACUUUGUGCCCUUCUUGGAGAAGCGACUACAGUUGCGGACAGUGCAUUUCGCGUAA